AUGCCGGCGGAAUCCACGUGGGUACAUUCCAGCAACCCGACGGUAACCAUUGAAGACUUGACAAGCUGAUCAAUCGUAGAUUCCCGCCCGUGAGCAUCCCGAACGUAGGCCUGUGGGACUUGCUCUUCGAACGAAAGGAGAGAGACUUCCCAGACGAUAAGACCAUCUACGUCGAUCCGUACACCAAUCGAUCCUACACCUACGCGCAAGUCAAGAGCACCGCCGUCGAUUUCGGCAAGGGCUUGAAAGGUCUCUGGGACUGGCAGAAAGGCGACGUGCUCGCACUGUACACGCCCAACUGCAUCGACACGCCAGCGAUCAUCUGGGGUACGCAUUUCGCUGGCGGCAUCGUAUCGCCUGCCAACCCAGGGUACACUGUGGAAGAGCUCGCGUACCAGCUCAAGGACAGCGGAGCAAAGGCAUUGAUCACGCAGUUCGCACAGUUGGACAAUGCUGUCAAGGCGGCGAAGAAGGUUGGCAUUCCGGAGGACCGGAUUGCCCUGAUCGGAGACGAGAGACAUCCGCAGGGCAAGUAUAAGCACUUUACCAAUGUCAGGAACAUUUCUGGCACGCAGCGGUAUCGUAGGGCGAAGAUCGAUCCGGAUGACGAUUUGGCGUUUUUGGUGUAUUCCAGUGGCACGACGGGACUGCCAAAGGUGAGGUGAUCAGAAGUGUUCAGUCCUUGCCCUUGCUAACCUUUGGCUCGACAGGGUGUCAUGCUCUCUCAUCGGAACAUCGUCGCCAAUAUCCUCCAGCUCACAGCCGGCGAAUCCCCCCUGUCAUGGAAACCGGCGAAAGGCAGACCGGAAGGAGAUGCGAUUCUCGCAUUUCUGCCGUUCUUUCACAUCUACGGCUUGACCUGCUUGAUCCAUCAGAGCCUGUAUCGAGGCCUCAAGUGCGUUGUGAUGCCAAAAUUCGAGAUCGAAGCUUGGUGCAAGACCGUUCAGGAUCAGCGCAUCACGAUGUCCUACGUCGUUCCGCCUGUCGUACUGCUCCUGACAAAGCACCCAAUCGUGGAGAAGUUCGACCUAUCCUCCUUGCGGAUGAUGAACUCGGGCGCGGCGCCUCUCACACGGGAGCUCGCCGAGGCAGUCUACAAGCGAAUCAAAGUCCCCAUCAAACAAGGCUACGGUCUCUCGGAGACGAGCCCAACGACGCACACCCAGCCGUGGGAGCUAUGGCAUUCUACAAUUGGAAGUGUCGGGGUUCUGCUCCCCAACAUGACUGCCAAGUACAUGUCCCCUGAAGAAAAGGAGCUACCUAAAGGCGAAGUCGGUGAGCUCUGGCUCGCAGGCCCGAACAUCUUCAAAGGCUAUCUGAACAACCCGGAGGGAACGAAGAAUGCCCUCACGGAAGAUGGAUAUUUCAGGACGGGAGACGUCGGCUAUCAAGACACGAACGGAAACUUCUACAUCACGGACCGCGUCAAGGAACUGAUCAAGUACAAAGGCUUCCAAGUGCCUCCCGCAGAACUGGAAGGUCUCCUCGCAUCUCACGACAAGAUCAACGACGUUGCCGUCCUCGGUGUACAUCGUGACGACCUGGCGACGGAGGUCCCGCUGGCGUACGUGGUUCCCAAGCAGGGUGUGGAUGGGUCUCCGGCUCUGGAGAAGGAGAUUCAGGACUGGCUUGCGGCGAAGGUGGCUAACCAUAAACGUUUGAGGGGUGGAGUGAAGUUUACGAAUGAGAUUCCUAAGAGCGUCAGUGGCAAGAUUCUGAGGAGGAUGCUGAAGGUGAAGUACCAGGAGGAGAUGGAGAAGAUGGGAGCAAAGGCGAAAUUGUAG